GGGGGGAGAGAGCGCGGGCACGCGCGGCUGGAAUCUUCGGGUGGGGGGGGGAGAGGGCGACCCGCGGUGCGGGGGCGCGCGGGGGCGCGCUCCCUCCCUCUCCGGGGCCCCGACGGCGCCUCCUCAGGACCAGCCGGGCGCGGAGGGGAACAACGAGCAGCAGGGGAUCCCCGUCCACCUUUCCCCGGUUCGGCUGCCUGCUCGGGUCCAGGCUGAGGCUGGUCCCUUUGUUCCUAUGCUUGGCCUGCAUCCAAAUCUAUUAAUCUUGAAAACAAGUAUGCUGAAUAUGGUCGUAGGUUUAGACGUUUGCCAUGAAGAGUCAAACACUAUGGCUUCCCAGAGCUGAAAAACACUUCAUGUAACAACUCUAGCAAUGUUUCUGGAUUAUAUCAAAGAGUUGCAUCUUUGUACUGUACAAAAUAGUAAGAUCAGAGCACUUUUGAUAAUGUGACCAUCAUGUGAAGAAGGGGACCUUUUGGAUCUGCCUGAUCCAAGAAAAGUUGCAGGUUUUUCUGCAGGAAUCUACAAACUUAGGCUUUUGAUAACCUUAAGUGAAGAUAACUAGCAAAAUGCCUCCAAGACCAUCAUCUGGUGAACUGUGGGGCAUCCACUUGAUGCCCCCUAGAAUCCUUGUGGAAUGUCUUCUACCUAAUGGUAUGAUAGUGACUUUAGAAUGCCUCCGUGAGGCCACAUUGUUAAAUAUUAAACACGAACUCUUUAAAGAAGCUAGGAAAUACCCUCUCUACCAUCUCCUUCAAGAGGAGUCAUCUUACAUUUUCGUAAGUGUUACCCAAGAAGCAGAAAGAGAAGAAUUUUUCGAUGAAACCCGGAGAUUAUGUGACCUGCGGCUUUUUCAACCUUUUCUAAAAGUCAUAGAACCAGUAGGCAACAGAGAAGAGAAAAUUCUGAAUCGUGAAAUUGGUUUUGCUAUUGGCAUGCCUAUCUGUGAAUUUGACUUGGUUAAAGAUCCAGAAGUUCAGGACUUCAGAAGAAACAUUCUGAAUGUCUGUAAAGAAGCUGUAGAUCUUCGAGAUGCUAAUGCGCCCCAUAGCAGAGCACUAUAUGUCUGUCCCCCCAACAUAGAAUCAUCGCCUGAUUUGCCCAAGCAUAUAUACAAUAAAUUAGAUAAAGGGCAAAUAAUAGUGGUCAUCUGGGUAAUAGUCUCUCCCAAUAAUGACAAGCAGAAAUACACCUUAAAAAUCAAUCAUGACUAUGUGCCAGAGCAAGUAAUCGCAGAAGCAAUCAGGAAAAAAACACGGAGUAUGUUACUGUCAUCGGAGCAGCUAAAGCUAUGCGUUUUGGAGUAUCAGGGAAAGUAUAUUUUAAAAGUGUGUGGUUGUGAUGAAUACUUGCUAGAAAAACAUCCCCUGAGUCAGUAUAAGUACAUCCGAAGUUGUAUCAUGCUUGGUCGAAUGCCCAACCUCAUGCUGAUGGCAAAGGAAAGCCUUUACACCCAGCUGCCAUUGGAUAACUUCACAAUGCCAUCUUAUUCCAGGCGUAUCUCUACAGCUACGCCAUACAUGAAUGGUGAAGCUUCAGCCAAAUCUCUCUGGGUUAUUAACAGUAAUCUCAGAAUAAGAAUUCUCUGUGCCACCUACGUAAAUGUAAAUAUUCGAGAUAUUGACAAGAUCUAUGUCCGAACUGGUAUCUAUCAUGGAGGAGAACCAUUGUGUGAUAAUGUGAAUACUCAGAGAGUACCUUGCUCCAAUCCCAGAUGGAAUGAAUGGCUGCAGUAUGAGAUGCAUAUCCUUGAUCUCCCACGUGCUGCCCGGCUUUGCCUUUCUAUCUGCUCAGUUAAAGGUAGAAAGGGUGCGAAGGAGGAGCACUGCCCAUUGGCGUGGGGGAACAUUAACAUGUUUGAUUACACAGACACUCUUGUUUCUGGCAAAAUGGCUCUGAAUCUGUGGCCCGUACCUCAUGGUCUGGAAGACCUGCUCAAUCCCAUUGGAGUUACUGGAUCAAACCCAAAUAAGGAAACUCCAUGUUUAGAGCUGGAAUUUGAUUGGUUUAGCAGUCCUGUAAAGUUUCCCGACAUGUCAGUGAUUGAAGAACAUGCCAAUUGGACUAUCUCUCGAGAACUAGGGUAUAACUACAGUCCUGCUGGGCAGAGCAGUAGAAUAGCUAGAGACAACGAACUGAGUGAAAGUGACAAAGAGCAGCUCCGUGCAAUUUGCACUCGAGAUCCCCUGUCUGAAAUAACUGAACAAGAGAAGGACUUCCUCUGGAGGCACAGGCAUUAUUGUGUAAAUAUGCCAGAAAUUCUACCCAAGCUGCUUUUGUCUGUUAAGUGGAACUCCAGAGAUGAAGUAACCCAGAUGUACUGCUUGAUCAAAGACUGGCCUCCCAUCAAACCUGAGCAGGCGAUGGAACUUCUGGACUGCAACUACCCCGAUCGGAUGGUGCGUGCUUUUGCAGUGCGGUGUCUGGAAAAAUUCUUGACAGAUGAUAAGCUGUCUCAGUAUUUGAUUCAACUGGUGCAGGUUCUAAAAUAUGAGCAAUACUUGGAUAAUCUGUUAGUGAGGUUUUUACUGAAGAAGGCGCUGACCAAUCAAAGAAUAGGACAUUUCUUCUUUUGGCAUCUCAAGUCUGAAAUGCACAACAAAAAUGUGAGCCAGAGGUUUGGUCUGCUUUUGGAAUCCUAUUGCCGAGCAUGUGGGAUGUACCUAAAACAUCUGAGCAGGCAGGUAGAAGCUAUGGAAAAACUGAUUAACCUCACAGACAUCCUCAAGCAAGAGAAAAAGGAUGAAACGCAAAAGGUACAGAUGAAGUUCCUUGUGGAGCAAAUGAGGCGGCCAGACUUCAUGGAUGCAUUGCAAGGCUUUAUAUCUCCUCUCAAUCCUGCUCAUCAGCUUGGAACCCUUAGGCUUGAGGAGUGCAGAAUUAUGUCGUCUGCAAAAAGGCCAUUGUGGCUCAAUUGGGAAAACCCAGAUAUUAUGUCUGAGCUGCUGUUUCAGAACAAUGAGAUCAUCUUCAAAAACGGGGAUGAUCUGCGCCAAGAUAUGCUGACGCUUCAGAUCAUCCGAAUUAUGGAAAAUAUCUGGCAAAAUCAAGGUCUUGAUCUUAGGAUGCUUCCUUAUGGUUGUUUAUCGAUUGGUGACUGUGUGGGGCUCAUCGAAGUUGUGAGGAAUUCGCACACAAUCAUGCAAAUUCAAUGCAAGGGUGGCCUUAAAGGUGCGCUGCAGUUCAACAGUCAUGCGUUACACCAGUGGCUCAAAGACAAGAACAAAGGGGAAAUGUAUGAUGCAGCUAUUGAUUUGUUUACACGCUCUUGUGCUGGCUAUUGCGUGGCGACCUUCAUACUGGGAAUUGGCGAUCGUCACAAUAGCAAUAUCAUGGUGAAAGAUGAUGGGCAGCUGUUCCACAUUGAUUUUGGACAUUUCUUGGAUCACAAGAAGAAGAAGUUUGGAUACAAACGUGAGCGGGUGCCCUUUGUCUUAACGCAAGAUUUCUUGAUAGUGAUUAGCAAAGGAGCCCAAGAAUGUACCAAAACAAAGGAAUUUGAAAGGUUUCAAGAAAUGUGUUACAAAGCUUACUUAGCCAUCCGGCAGCAUGCCAACCUCUUCAUAAACCUCUUCUCCAUGAUGCUCGGUUCGGGAAUGCCAGAGCUGCAGUCUUUUGACGACAUUGCAUAUAUUCGGAAGACACUGGCAUUGGACAAAACUGAGCAGGAAGCACUUGAGUAUUUCAUGAAGCAGAUGAACGAUGCUCAUCAUGGCGGCUGGACGACAAAAAUGGACUGGAUCUUCCAUACAAUCAAGCAACACGCUUUGAACUGAGACCAUGGUCAAGAAUGGACUGAGACUAUGGUUGAGAAGAUGGCAAACCGCCGGCCCUGUUUUGUGGGCAUUCCACUGCACUGUUGACGAUUGGCAGUAAGGACUCCUUAGCGUCAUAAUUGCACAAACCACGAGCAGCAUUCGAACUUGCAGCAAGAUUAAACACUCAAAAACUUAUUUAAAUGUGUAAAGCAGGGUUUCGGAACACUACAGAUCGUGCAUUUCAAAAGAUAACUUUCCUACGUGUACAGUCAUGUUAUGCCUUAAAUCCAGAAAGGUAAACUUUGGAGAUUUGUUUAUCUCGGUUUUGUUCAAUUAGGGAAAAACUGUGCCAGCAUUAAAACCUGUCUUUCAGAUGUUCCAGUUGGCCUGGGGAGAUUUAAACUCAUGUGGGCAGCAAAAGGUUUAAAAGGAAGAAAGCAGUGCAUUUAAUUGCUUUCUGGAGGGGGGUUUCCUCUCCCGCAAGCCCAAUUCAGUAAAUUUGAAGAGAUGGUGCCUUUCAUAUUAAGUCAGACAUAAUUGGUGAAUCGAAAAGUAGCAAUCUGGUCUUAUUUUUGCCUGACCAUCUGCAGUUCACGCAAGUCCUUAGGAAUAGGUCUUAAGAUUCUGCUGGACAGUAUUAGUAAGGUUAUAAAAAUGAUGACCCCCCCCCUCCCCCUACUGCCUCAGAAGUCUGAUUAAUGGGGAAGGGGUUGGCUUUAGUGCAACACUUUGGAUUUGAUUUUCUAACCUAAACCUCAGUACACUUUUUUCGUGCAUGUUUUCCAGAGCCUAAAAACAAAAAACAAAGAGGUGAGUUAUUAGGAUUAAAGAUUAUUUUUAUAAAGGUUAUUUAUAUAACAGAAACUUAUUAAUAUAUUUCUUUACAUUGAUUUGUCCAGUUUUCUGUCCUUUAAUUCUUCAGACCACUUCUCUCUAACAGCCUGAUCAUAUGAGCCACUGAGUCGGCAUAGUGACCCUUUGGAUCAGAUUUAAGGGUUACACCGCUGACCUAGGUGGGGGGGGGGGAAUACGUUGUCCACUUAUGCGGAGACCUGACCCUUAAUGUCACUGCUGACAUUACAGGUGUCCUACAGCCCCUCCAUGCUGCAUUUCCCCACAACAAGAGGCUUGCUUGGCUCUGGCCGGGAAGGAGCCUAGGGGGCCGUUCAGUGGUAAGGUGGGCGGAGCCUCAGUUUCCAGCAUUCUGAGAUGCUGUUUUAAUUGCCACAGCACCAACUUCUGUUCCUGCUGUGCUCCAUCUGAAGCGGCGUCUUAGGGGCAGGCCGCCGGUCGCUGUCCUAAUCCGUUUGCCUGGAAGCAGGUUCUGUGGAAAUCAAUGGGACACAGUUUCAAGGAAAGGCACGUCAAAAUCAGGGUGCGGACUCCGUUAAUCUAUAGUAAGGGUUCUUCGGUUUUGGUGGUGAGCCUGUCCCAGUCAAGCCAGAAGCAGAUUUGUAGGACAAAGCAAAGACUGACUUGGCAGGAGAUCAGUGGCAGUCUUUGGCAAGGGACCAGAAAGAACAACGGGACAUGCAAAGAAGUUAGAACGAGUCAGCCUUCUCCCAAGAGGGGGGGGGGCAGUAGGAACGCAAAACUCUCUGGCGAAAAGGAAAGCUGUCUUUGGAUGGCGUUCAGUCCUGUCAGGUGGUACAGCCGGUGGGAAGAUGCAUGGUGCGUUGGUUAGAUUGGUUUUAGGAGUAUGAGGAGGGGAAAGUAGUUGUGUACUUUGCCUCCUGGCCCAAUGGUCACAUACAUACCAAAAACUAAAGUGAGCUAUUGGAGAGUUUGUGCUUCCACUGGUAACUUUGCAUACCUUCCCAGGAAGCCUGCGCAACGUUCUAAACACUGACUAAUACUUCCUGUGCCAGCUGUUGUGUUUAUGGUGGAAUAAGGUUCUGCAGGUCUUCCUUUAAACAAUCUCAGGCAAUACUCCAUAAACGAAAUUCUGGGUAUUUUGUUAAUUCUCAGCUUUGGAGUCUACCUUUUGUCUUGGCCUUCUUCCUUGGACUGUUAGUGAUUUUUCUUAAUCACAGUAACCAACAAGCUAGAUGGUUAAACUGUACUUUCAAUUUGAUCACUAAAAUAGUCCUUUGUACUGCAAACUACACCGUUAUCCCCGGCAUGCAGAGCUAACCAGCCGAUGUUUUAUAGUUGUUUGUGCGUGUGUGAGUGUGUGUACAUAUAUAUCUGUAUAUCUGUCUUUUUAAACAUGAAACGGAUUAAAUUGGUACCAGUCAGAUUGCAAACUGAACUGAUGGUAGAAUUUAUUGAAAGAGAAUUGAUAGCAUCGGCUUCUUCAGGCCCCAUAAAAGUACCAUUUCCUCCACACCAAAUGCUGUAAUCUUAUUUGGCUCACAGGAUUUGAAAGAUGUUUGAGAAGGCUGGAUAGUUGCGUGCCCUUGCCUUUUCUGCCCCACACGUCUCAGUGUCGUCCAGAGUGCAAUGCCAGUUUGAGUAUAAUGUGCUGACGUUGGGUAUUAGACUUUUGAUAUUAUAAAUAAACUCACGUAGACUGUAAAUGGAUGAAAGGCUAAAUUUCUUGAGCAAGCUAGACAUUGAAAACGUGGAGUCCAUCAUUGUGUCAUCUGAAGGUGGGGCGGGAAUAGCAAACGUAACAUGGAGCAUUUUUAUUUUCAUGGUCACAGGCUGUGUAGGUAACACGGCUGAAUUGUUGACAGCUACGAAACCCCGAUUGUGAAGCGUGAAAUGUUGGUGCAGACACUGCUGUGGGGCUUCGUAGUGCAGAAGCCUACGGUUGGAGUGGUGAUAAAGAGGAGUCUUUGUUACCUCGGGACAGCCUGCUGGACUUCACAUCCCUUUCUAGAGGUUUAAACAUUUCCCAUUCCUCCAAAAGGCCAAGCUUUCAAGACCCACACAAGUGGCAUGCUCUCUAUGGGUGUGUUUCUCAGACGUCAGCCUUCUGUCCUUCAGGGUGGGCCAUUUCCAAAACAGAGGGCACAUUCAAAUAAGCAGUUUGUAAUAUGGAAUUUGCAGAGGUGGGGGGUCCUGCUCAAAUGAAUACUUUUUUAAAAAAAAAACCCCUCCUUGUGCAGACCUAAAGUAACUCUUUGGAUCCUGACCAGUGCCUCCACCACCAGCUUUUCAGAAACUAUUUCUGUACUUGUGUGCCAUUGGGCUUUGGCCGGCACGCACCUUUGAGGGGGUAGACUGGG